UCCCUAUGUUUUCCCAAUUACCCAUUUCAAGCCAAUCUUUACUUUCUUAAUUUGUGGCGUUAUUCCUGAUAAAGACCCAAUCUUUUCUCAGCUUUGUUCUUAAAUCUGAGUUCAAGGUGUUGUCGACGUUUAAUGAGGAGUUGUACGAGGAAUUCACGCAUAUGUUGAUUCUUGACAGCUUCAGGCCAGAAUUCAGACAUGGUUAAGGAAGAAAGGCCACAGAUUACAAGGAGAGCAACCAGGUCCUCCGGUUUGAAUAAAACUGUAGUUGAAGAAACAGAUACAAGCGGUCCAUGCCCAAAUGAUGCUUCUAAGAGCUCAGAUGUGGUUAAAGAAGAAAGCCCACGAAUUGCAAGGAGAACAACACGAUCCUCUGCUUUGGCCAAACGUUCAGAUAAUGUAGUUGAAGAAACAAAUGCAAGUAAUCAGCAGCAAUUGACUUUAGAUGACCUUGUGAUUGGAGGAGAAGGAGAGUCAUUUAGCUUCGAUGAUCUGGUGUCUAGUUUUCCUGGCAGAGAGAGUCAGAUCAAGGAGCUUGUGCAGCUUUUGGGUCCACAGAACUCUCCCAUGCUUCCUAUAUUUAUCUAUGGAGGAUCUUCCACUGGAAAAACCAGUAUCACUCUACAAACAUUUAGGCAUCUUAAACGACCUGUCGUUUACUCAAGCUGCCUAACCUGUUAUAAUCCUCGAAUCUUGUUUGAAUCCAUACUGAAUCAACUCUUCCUUCACAGAAAGAAUGCUGAAAAUGGUUAUUCUAGUGCAAAGCGCUGUGAAAAGCCAUCAGAUUUUGUGAAUUUUCUUCGCGAGGCCUUGGUUUGCAUAAUCGGUAAUCUUCAGGGACAAAAGUCAGGAAUAUUGAGUAGCAAAAGGUCAGGGAAGGCUAAUGGAAAUAUGAUUUACCUGAUUUUUGACAAUGUAGAGCGUGUCAAAGGGUGGGACAAAGGUUCUACCGUGUUACCGUUGUUGUUUAAUCUCUAUGAUGCACUGAAAAUGCCUGAGGUUGGUCUUAUCUUCAUCAGCAAUUCCUCACCGGAUACAUAUGACUCUAAUAUGGGAUAUGUUGAGCCUAACCCUCUAUAUCUUCCUGAUUAUACUGAUGAUGAUCUUGGUCAAAUCUUAAUGAGAAACCAAGCAAACAAAAAGCUUUACACUUCUUUUCUCAGUGUCGUACUAAGGCCUUUCAGUAGAAUUACCAGACAAGUGGAUGAAUUGUCUAGUGCCUUUUCACUACUAUUCAGAAUAUAUUGUGAACCUAUUACUGAUCUUGGGGUUGUUCCCAAUGAAGAAAUGAAGAGAAGGUUGUUUAGUCAAUUUCAGCCCCAUAUUGCUCCUUCACUGAAUGAGAUAUUUAAGGUUACAACUCAGCCCCCCACUGAAGUUGAAGCUAGGGAGAGAAAGCCAAAGGGUGGCACAAGGAAAUCCGGGGGUUAUGACGUUGUUGACCAAUUAGAUUUUCAUAUGUCUACUUCUGCCAAGUAUCUUCUUAUUUCAGCAUUCCUUGCUUCAAGAAAUCCAGCUACCUUAGAUGCAUCAUUGUUCGAUUCUACCGGAGGUUCUAAUAAUCGAAAACGAAAGAGGAAGGUGUCUGAGAAGUCAAUGGAACAGAAAGAAACUGCAGAACAAGAUUUACUCAUGAAGGGCCCCGGAACAUUCCCAAUGGAGAGGUUACUAGCCAUAUUCCAGUGUAUUACAUCCAUUGCAGAAAAUCCAUUUGAUGAUGAGGAACAAGUGCCGGAUGGGUUAGGGAUUCAAGAUGGGCAUAGUGGGCUCAUGUCUGAUGUCCUCUUACAACUGACUAGUCUCUGUGGUGCUAAUUUUAUUGUCAAAGGAGGAAGCUGCCCACUGGAGGGAACAACUCGCUACCGUUCUACAGUUACUGAAGAUUUGGCCCUGCAGGUAGCAAGGAGCAUUAAGUUUCUUCUCUCAAAGUACUUGUACAGAAGAUAACUGAUCGAGUGCUAAGGUAUCUGUAACAUUGUCGUCAGUUCUCUUACGGAUGAAAUAGAAGGGUCAGAUUCUGUGGUGACACAUCAUUUUACGCUUAAUGCUCUUAUUUUAUUUUAUGAAAUCAAAAACAGAACAAGAAUAUUUAUAUGAGUCUGCCACUUUAGUACUUGGUAUAGUGAACAUAGAGCAUUAAGGAUAUGAUCAUAAGUUCAUAACCCCAAGACUGCUUAGGUUCUCAUGUCAUUUGUGCUACUGCCAGGACAUAGCUGA